UAGAGUAUUUAUAUAUCAUCAACCUCCGAAUCAGGCUUAAUCCAUCUCGACGACCAUGGAAUCUCGAAAUUCAUCAUCUCCUCUCACACUCCACGGCAUUGAUUCAUCGUCUUCUUCGACGCCACAAAGCUCCACAGCAAAACCGAGCUCCUCGUAUCCGCUUCUUUCCUCUCGAGUUCUCCAAGAGCUUUGCCGAUGGAGGAGGUGGUCUCAUCGUCAACCUAGAAAAGGGGGUUAUGGUCUGUUUGUGUUGGAAAGUGACAACGAGAGAUUCUCUCGCUCAGUUUCCACCAGGUUGGGGAAGGAUGCUCUCUUUGGCCACAUCAUCUUUUCAACUACUCCACAAGAGCAUUACUUUGACUCUCCUAUACACCUUAUGUUACCUCUCCAUGAUGGUGGUGGUGGUGGUGGUGGUGGUAGCAACAUCAAAAAAAGAUCAUCUUUGUAGGUAAUUAGAGAGGCGAAUUGCUUUGAUCAGUUUGGUACAAUUGCUGAUGUUGUCGUAUUGUAUGAUCACAACACACAGAGGCCAAAAGGGUUUGGCUUCAUUACUUUUUAUUCUGAUGAUUCGGUUGAUAGGGCUGUUGAUGUGUGUGUGAGUUUUUUUUGUAUACUGAACUUGAGCUUUGUGUGAAGGUAAUACUGAAUAUUACGACAAAUAGCCAAAAUUAUAAAGACAACUAGUUCA